AUGGAGGCUUCCUGUUUGGAGUUAGCCCUUGAAGGGGAACGUUCCUGCAAAGCUGAGGAUUUCAGAGCUGGCGUGGCCUUCUUUGAAGCAGCUGUGCAGGUGGGGACGGAAGAUCUGAAAACACUGAGUGCCAUCUACAGCCAACUGGGCAAUGCCUACUUCUACCUGAAGGAGUACUCCAAAGCUCUUGAGUACCAUAAACAUGAUCUCACACUAGCAAGAACCAUCGGGGAUCGCACCGGAGAGGCCAAAGCCAGUGGGAAUCUUGGCAACACGCUCAAAAUUCUCGGGCAGUUUGAUGAAGCCGUUGUCUGUUGCCAGAGGCACCUGGACAUUUCUCAGGAGCAAGGGGAUAAGGUAGGGGAGGCCAGAGCACUAUACAACAUUGGCAACGUGUACCAUGCCAAAGGGAAGCAGCUGUCUUGGAGCCUGCCGCAGGAGCCAGGGCAGCUCCCUCAGGAGGUCAAGGAGACUUUGGAAAAGGCGUCCGCAUUUUACUUGAGGAACCUGUCUCUGGUGAAGGAGCUGGGAGAUAGAGCUGCUCAAGGCCGGGCAUAUGGCAAUCUGGGCAACACCCAAUAUUUGCUCGGCAACUUCAGCAAAGCUGUUGUUUUCCAUAAACAGAGACUUGCCAUUGCCAAGGAGUUUGGGGACAAGGCUGCUGAAAGGAGAGCACACAGCAAUUUGGGCAACGCCCACAUCUUCCUGGGAAGGUUUGACAUCGCUGCCGAGUACUACAGGAAAACUCUACAACUCUCCAGGCAGCUGCAGGACCAAGCCGUGGAGGCCCAGUCUUGCUAUAGCCUUGGGAACACAUACACCCUCCUGCAGGACUACGAGAGAGCCAUAGAAUACCACCUGAAGCACUUGGCGAUUGCCCAGGACCUUGAGGAUAGAGUGGGAGAAGGAAGAGCCUGCUGGAGUUUAGAAAAUGUCCACCUCUCCGUUGGCAGCCACGAGCAAGCCUUGCGCUUUGCAGAGAGGCAUCUGGAAAUCUCCCAAGAGAUUGGCGACUUCAUCGGGGAGAGAACUGCUCGCACAAACAUUGUACACUUGAAGUCUCUCUUGGGUUUGCAGCCAAGCAAGGAUGAACAGGACACACCUAGUUGUGGCGCUGGCUAUGAAGCGCAAGGGGCCCGACCAAAGAAGAUCCAAAGGAACGGCGUGAACAGCCCAGGCACCCUUCAGUUCCCCGCUGAAAAGGACCAGAAUGGAGAAAGUCACCACGUGACUGACCUGAAGACCACUGAAAAAGAGUAUUUGUCACUGCCUGCUGGAUCCAGUAAAUACAGGGAAAGCCAAACCCUUUUUGAAACAAAAUCUCCAAUGUCUUGCGGAUUCCCAUUGGAAGCCAGUGAUGUCCGAGUCCAGUUGAAAAUCAAGCGGGUCUCUUCGGAAGAAGAGUGCUUCUUUGACCUGCUGAGCAAAUUCCAGAGCAACCGGAUGGAUGACCAGCGCUGUACCCUGGAGGAAUGCCAGAAGGAUACGGGGGACGCUGCCUCCACACCACUGCCUGUCCUGGAGGAGAGGAUGCCUCAGUCCUCCUCCAUGGCUUCUCCACAGACUGAGGAGCUCUUUGACCUCAUUGCCAACUCCCAGAGCCGGCGGCUCGACGACCAGCGGGCCAGUGUGGGGAACCUGCCCGGCCUGCGCAUCACACACAACAACAUGGGCCACCUCCGCAUGGAGGGUGAUUCACAGGAGCCCGGUGACGAGUUCUUCAACAUGCUCAUCAAAUGCCAGUCAUCCCGCAUUGACGACCAGCGGUGCGCUCCACCCAGCUCCAUCCCGCAUGGCCCCACUGUGCCAGAUGAGGACUUCUUCAGCCUCAUCCAGCGUGUCCAAGCCAAGCGCAUAGAUGAGCAGAGGGUGGGCCUGGCCUCAGCCCAGGAGGAUGAGGAGGAAGAGCAGCCAGUGAAAGAGGAGGAGGAGGAGCAGGCGAAUCAGCAGCAGAGACCCGGCUCCAGCUAA